AUGAAGGUUUAUAUAAUUAGCUUUUUAAUACUAGCUUCUGCUUUUAUUUACUGCCACGAGCAUCCUACUAAGGAAGAAAUAUAAAAUGAAUUAAAUCAAAAAGCAAUUUAUUAUGGAUCAACCCUUAGAAUUAGAAAUUAAAAUUCAAGACAUCAUUUAUACAGCAUGGAUGUUUCUUAUGGUUCUGGUUCAAGAGGCUAAGUUGUAACUGCAACUGAAAGCGACUCUGAAAUUGGUAGCUAUUUCACAAUCAAGCACGGUCAUGGAAAGCCAAUUUAAACUUUUACCAAUACUGUUAAAUGUGGUGAUAUUAUUCGUCUUGAGCACAUUAACACAGGAAAGAACAUAUAUGGAUCUAACCAUGCAUCACCUGUUAGCAAUAAAUUAGAAAUAUCUGCUCAAGGAUAAAAUGGUGAAAGCGAUGGAAAUGACAAUUUUGUGAUUGAAUGUAUAGGUUAAUCCAAAGGUUCAGAUCUAGUAGGAAAGACAGAAUUUUAUCUUUAACACUUAAAUACAAGCUAAUUUUUAACAACAAGCAGAAGAUUCUCCUUUAAUUAAAAUAACUGCGGUUUUAACUGUCCUAUUAUGAAUCAUUUAGAAGUUUCUUGCUAGAGAUCAAAAGACAAUGAAACAAAAUGGAAAAUUGUUGGAGGUAUAAUCUUGUAAAAAAGUUAAUUUUCUAACGAUAACGAUAAAGAUCCUUUAAAUGACUAUGAUGAUGAUGAUGACGAUGAUGAAGAACAUUAUAACCCAUCUUCUAAUACCAAAAAGGAUGCAAAUGUUGAAGAAGAUGAAUAUGAAGAAGUUAAUUUCAACAGAAGAGAUGAUCUUUGA